AUGCGACACAGUACAUUCUUUUCUUUCUUUAUUUCUUUUUUUUCUUUCUUUCUUUCCUUCUUUAUUUUUUCCUUCUUUUCUAUAUUUCUUUCCUUUACUUAUUUUUCUUCCCUUCUUUAUUUCUUUCUUUCUUUCUUUCCUUCUUUCUUUCUUUCCUUCUUUCUUUCUUUCAUUCCUCCUUUAUUUCUUUCAUUCUUUUCUAUAUUUCUUUCUUUCAUUAUUUUUUUCCUUUUUUCUUUCUUUCUUUCUUUCCUUCUUUCAUUCUUUCCUUCUUUAUUUUUUUCAUUCCUCCUUUAUUUUUCAUUCUUUUCUAUAUUUCUUUCAUUCAUUAUUUUUUUCCUUUUUUUCUUUCUUUCUUUCUUUCCUUCUUUCUUUCUUUCCUUCUUUAUUUUUUUCAUUCCUCCUUUAUUUUUCAUUCUUUUCUAUAUUUCUUUCUUUCAUUAUUUUUUUCCUUUUUUAUUUCUUUCUUUCUUUCUUUCCUUCUUUCUUUCUUUCCUUCCUUCUUUAUUUCUUUCAUUCUUUUCUAUAUUUCUUUCCUUUACUUAUUUUUCUUCCCUUCUUUAUUUUUUUCAUUUCUCCUUUAUUUCUUUCAUUCUUUUCUAUAUUUCUUUCUUUCCUUAUUUUUUUCCUUUUUUCUUUCUUUCUUUCUUUCCUUCUUUCAUUCUUUCCUUCUUUAUUUUUUUCAUUCCUCCUUUAUUUCUUUAUUUUUUUAUUAUUUUCUAUAAUUCUUUCCUUUCUAUAUUUCUUUCCUUCCUUCUUUAUUUUUUCAUUCUUUUCUAUAUUUCUUUCCUUUUCUUUAUUUUCUUUCCUUUCUUUAUUUCUUUCUUUCCUUCUUUAUUUCUUUCAUUCUUUUCUAUAUUUCUUUCCUUUACUUAUUUUUCUUCCCUUCUUUAUUUUUUCAUUCCUCCUUUAUUUCUUUCAUUCUUUUCUAUAUUUCUUUCUUUCAUUAUUUUUUUUCCUUUUUUCUUUCUUUCUUUCUUUCUUUCCUUCUUUCUUUCUUUCCUUCUUUCUUUCUUUCCCCCUUUAUUUCUUUCAUUCUUUUCUAUAUUUCUUUCUUUAAUUAUUUUCUUUCCUUUUUAUUUCUUUCUUUCUUUCUUUCCUUCUUUCUUUCUUUCCUUCUUUAUUUUUUUCAUUCCUCCUUUAUUUUUCAUUCUUUUCUAUAUUUCUUUCAUUCAUUAUUUUUUUUCCUUUUUUCUUUCUUUCUUUAUUUCCUUCUUUCUUUCUUUCCUUCUUUCUUUUUUUCAUUCCUCCUUUAUUUUUCAUUCUUUUCUAUAUUUCUUUCUUUCAUUAUUUUCUUUCCUUUUUUCUUUCUUUCUUUCUUUCUUUCCUUCUUUCUUUCUUUCCUUCUUUAUUUUUUUCAUUCCUCCUUUAUUUUUCAUUCUUUUCUAUAUUUCUUUCUUUCAUUAUUUUUUCCUUUUUUCUUUCUUUCUUUCUUUCUUUCCUUCUUUCUUUCUUUCCUUCUUUAUUUUUUUCAUUCCUCCUUUAUUUUUCAUUCUUUUCUAUAUUUCUUUCUUUCAUUAUUUUUUCCUUUUUUCUUUCUUUCUUUCUUUCCUUCUUUCUUUCUUUCCUUCCUUCUUUAUUUCUUUCAUUAUUUUCUAUAUUUCUUUCCUUUACUUAUUUUUCUUCCCUUCUUUAUUUUUUUCAUUCCUCCUUUAUUUCUUUCAUUCUUUUCUAUAUUUCUUUCUUUCAUUAUUUUUUUUCCUUUUUUCUUUCUUUCUUUCUUUCUUUCCUUCUUUCUUUCUUUCCUUCUUUCUUUCUUUCCUCCUUUAUUUCUUUCAUUCUUUUCUAUAUUUCUUUCUUUCAUUAUUUUCUUUCUUUCUUUCUUUCCUUCUUUCUUUCUUUCCUUCUUUCUUUCUUUCCUUCUUUAUUUCUUUCUUUCCUCCUUUAUUUCUUUCAUUAUUUUCUAUAUUUCUUUCCUUCCUUCUUUAUUUUUCAUUCUUUUCUAUAUUUCUUUCCUUUCCUUGUUUUUCUUUCCUUUCUUUAUUUCUUUCUUUACUCUUUUGUUUAUCUUUUCUUUUCCUUUUAUCUGCGUCUGACUUUAAACCAUCUUCUUGUUCUGUAUAA